CUGUGUUGCCACCCUCUCCGCCCAUCAGUACCAUGCCGUCCGCCUUGGAGUACACACCCGUGGGUGGCGACUGUCAGGACCUCCUGGAACGUCACUUCAUCACCGCGUUCAGACACGGCUACGUGCGGUGUCAAGGCACUGUACUGCCUGUUUACUACAAGCAGUUUGCCGAGGAUAUCCUCAACCUGCAGAUCCGUGACGAUGACAUCUGGGUGUGCAGUUUUCCAAAAGCAGGAACGACGUGGACACAAGAGAUGGUUUGGUGCAUCGCCAACGAUUUGGAUUUUGAAGGGGCAAAGGUGAAACUUCCUGAGAGAUUUCCAUUUCUUGAGCACACGAUGCUAUUCAACUACGAGAAAGUGUUGCCAAUGUUGCCCGACUUCUCCAAGGAAAUACCGAGGUUUGUGAAAGACGCGGUGGGUUAUAUCAACGACUUGCCUUCGCCACGCUUCAUCAAAUCACAUCUACCCUUCCAUCUGCUCCCUCUGCAACUGCAGCGAGGCUUGACUGGAGCCAAGGUGGUGUACAUAGCUCGUGGUGUAAAGGACACUUGCCUUUCUUAUUUUCACCACUGCCAACUGCUGGAAGGGUUCAAGGGAAGCUUCCACGAAUUUGCCACUCUCUUCAUCAACGAUUCGUUAUGUUUUGCGCCAUUUUGGGACCAUGUUUUGGGUUACUGGAAGAGAAGAGAUGAUCCGAACAUGUUGUUUUUGAAGUUCGAGGAAUUAAAAAAGGAUCUCCCAUCGGUCAUCAAGAGAACAGCAGAGUUCCUUGGCAAAGAGAUGUCUACCAAAGAGAUCAACAUUUUGUGUGACCACCUGAGUUUUGAGAAGAUGAAGACUAACCGAGCCGUCAACUACGAGGAGGUCAUUGAAAUUAACAAGAAGUACAAGUUCGUGGAGGCUGAGGGGAGUUUCAUGCGGAGUGGCCAGGUUGGGGAAGCAGGAAAGAAGUUUAGCCCAGAUUGGGUACAACGCUUCGAUCAAUGGACUGAGGAUAAACUUAAAGACACCGGCCUUAAUUUUUAACACCGCGUUCUCACCAGAGGGCUGGUUCCACUGCACUGUUGCACAUAUAUAAUAUUUUAUUUUCAGCAACCUAAGUAGUUUUCAGUUACACAUGUUAUAUUUUAUAUUAAUCUUUUUGACUUUCUAGUUGUAUGCUUGAAAGCACUGUGGUCUUUCAUUAAUAAAGUGAUUUAUUUUUGCAAA